GGGGUGUGCAUCAGUUGCAACGCCGAGACUGGAAUUCUCUUGCGGCCGGAAACCCCCCAAUCCUUAUCUUAACAUUGUGACAACAUAGUAACUGCGCUGUAGCCUACACAUUUAUUUUCUUUAGUAAGAAACGCUGAAUAAACAAUAGCUUCCGCGAUGAAUCCGGACAAAGCUAGCCCGUUCCCCUCUACCCUCACGGAGUCCCCGGGUCAAACGCCUCCCGGGACCGCUUUACUGCUGCGUCUGGUCGACUGCAGGAAAACACCGGGGCAGAGUGGAACUGAGAGAGGAGGAGAAGAGAAGGAAGAGGGAGAUUGGAUUUCAUUAAGUAAGAACCAUGGGUACAGCCCAAACCUUUGCUCUCUCAGUGGGAGGGGCUUAUCAUCAGGAGAUCCUAAACAACAACGUGAUGCUGACAAGACGUCUCUCCAGAAGAGUCUCUUAAGAUCAGAACGUCUCAGUAGCUGUGAUCAGUGUGGGAAGAGCUUCAAACAAUCACAACAUCUGAUUACACACCAACAAAUACACACAGGAGAGAAACUUUAUAGCUGUGAUCAGUGUGGGAAGAGCUUCAAUCAAUCAGGGACCCUAACUACACACCAAUUCAUACACACAGGAGAGAAGCCUUAUAGCUGUGAUCAGUGUGGGAAGAGCUUCAAUCAAUCAGGGACCCUAACUACACACCAACGCAUUCACACAGGAGAGAAGCUUUAUAGGUGUGAUCAAUGUGGGAAGAGUUUCAGGACGUCAGGACAACUGACUACACACCAACGCAUACACACAGGAGAGAAACCAUAUAGCUGUGAUCAGUGUGGGAAGAGCUUCAAUCAAUCAGGGACCCUAACUACACACCAACGCACACACACAGGAGAGAAGCCUUACAGCUGUGAUCAAUGUGGGAAGAGCUUCAGGAAUUCAGGACACCUGACUAUACAUCAACGUAUGCACACAGGAGAGAAACCAUAUAGCUGUGAUCAGUGUGGGAAGAGUUUUGCUCGAGAUUUCAACCUGACUAAACACCAGCUCACACACACUGGAGAGAAACCUUACUCUUGUCUAUGUGGAAAGAGCUUUGCUCAUUCAGAGUCACUGAAAAAACACCAGAAAGCCCUUUCCUCUCCGGCACCGGUUCAAGAUCCCUAAAUAAAGUUUCAAUA